CUCUGGCUCCGUCUGGCUUGUGCUUGGUUGGAGCCUUGAGCUCGGCCGGCCGGCAGGCCAGGAAGGACGACAUGGCAGCGAAGCGAGGAAGUGCCUGGCCCGACGAGUCCCAUAGUGCGGUGGGUGGAGAGGGUUUGGAGAAAGCGAGAGGGAGAGAGAGAGAAGAGUGAUAGUUUGUGCUGUUCUGUUGUAGUGGGUGCCCUGCCUGCGGGGGCAGGACAAAAUAGUUCCUCGUAUCCAACUGUCUCCAAAUUUGGCAUCGAUUUUAGAUUUCCAUUUGGUUUCCUGUAGAUUUGGUUUACACUGCCCUGGCCGAGGUGGGAUCUCGGUUGGAGACUGGAGGGUAGGGAAGGGGAGGGGAGGGAGAGCAGGCGCAGCUGCAACGGAGGACGGAGACGACGUGAGAGGGAAUUCGAAUAGUCUGGUUGGAGGUGCAUUUGAUUGGACAAUCGCAAGGGAGGACUGGCUCCGCUGCUGCUGCAGAGUGCAGUGCUGUGCAGUCCAGUGCAGCCCGGGCGAGCGAGGGUCCCCGGCUGAGAAAGUUCCGUCAUUGUAGGAAACGCGGUGGCGUCCGGGAUAGUACACUCGCACGCCUCGUUUGCGAGAACAACCAUGUCAGAUGCUGCUGUGCGCUGCACAACAUUCGGAAGUCGACGUUUUUUUUCUCCCCUAGCUGCUCUCGGCGUCCUCUUACUGACUUUCUCGAAGCUUUAGGUUAUUUUCGUCGAGCAUAUCGCCUUGGAGCAACGGGUUCGGGCUCCCCUCUCACCUUCCCGGGUGAGCUAGCUACAUUUCUUGGAGUCCAAGUUUCAUGGGCGUAAACUUCGUACUUGGAUGAUUAUCGAGUUGACUCAAGGAAAGUAUAUCAAAAGUUGAGGACAUGAAUAUGCCUUAAAUGGCGGAUUUGAAGGCAAAAAAUGUGAAGCCGCUGCUGCAUACGGAAAAAAGUGCGGGUCGCACUUUUGAUCUCAAUUCGAUUGCCCAAGGGGCCAAUGGCUCACAUGUCACGAAUACGGAAAGAGCCUGUCGGGUGACUGUGAACAUUUUCGAUGCACGGAACCUUAGAAAAAGGGAAGUAGGACCAGAUGCGAAGGAUCCAGUCUUCAAAGUGAAACUGGAGAAAGUUACCCAGCGAUCGCGUGAGAUUAAGACAGUUUUGGACGAGCAUGGAAAUAUUCGAGUAAAUCAGAGCUUCACAUUCGAUGUCAAAGACGUGAAGACUGCUGUCCUCUCGGUACAUGUGGUGGCAAGAGGCCUGCUGGGUCUCGAGGAGUCACUGGGAAACACUCGGGAUACCAGAAUUACGGACCUGCUAGAUGACGACGCGAGUCAGAAGAAUGUAGCCGCUGUUUGGUAUGACCUAUCCUCCAAGGACGGGUUAAUGAAGAUGCCUGGAAGGGUCUUGAUGCAUAUUGUGGCUGGGAUAGCCGAACCUGAGCAGAAGGUUUCAUUGUUUGUUGGAACAUGGAAUGUUGGGAAUUCCCGGCCGCCGAAGGAUCUGUCUCCUUGGAUUCCAUCCAACCCUGACUAUGAACUCGUUGCAAUAGGCUCGCAGGAAUGCGAUUAUCCAGCUCGGCAACCUUUCACAGAAUGCGCGAAAGACUGGCUACACACUUUAAGUGCACACCUGGGUGGCCGUUAUAAAUUGGUGCAGUCGACAUCCAGAGGCCAGAUGCGACUGGUGAUAUUCGUCCGGUCAGAUUCAGAGAAGGCCAUCUCUGACGUGGAUAGCGGAAGUGAAGCCACUGGUGUUGGGCAUGUGAUGGCUAAUAAAGGUGGCGUUUGCAUCGGAUUCAAGUUUUGGGAUACGAGUUUGUGCUUCGUGAACUCCCACUUUGCUGCUCACGCAGGGCAAUGUGAAGCUCGCAAUGGCAAUUAUCGAGAAAUAGCUGGUCAGUUGCGAGUAGGCAUGCCAACUAUGGACAUCCUGAACCAAUACCAUCAUGUCUUUUGGUUUGGUGACCUCAACUACCGGCUGGAUUUUUCUCAAAUUGCUGAUAAGCCGUUGACUCCCGAGAGGACGUUCUGGAAAGAAGUGGUCAAGAAGAUCCAUGCUGGAGAAUACAGCGAUCUCCUGAAGUAUGAUGAGCUCCACAAAGAAAUUGAAGCAUCCCGUGUUCUGCAUGGAUUUAAAGAAGGGGAGAUCAAAUUCCCGCCUACGUUCAAGAUGCAAAAAGAGACUGAGGAUAUCUACGACCAGAAACGUAUGCCAGCUUGGUGUGACCGUGUUCUUUGGAGGAAUCUUCCCGGUUGCACUAUCAAGCUUGGAAGUUACUUUUCAGCACCUAAACUGAUCACCAGUGACCACAAGCCCGUCGGCGCCACUUUUUCAAUGACGGCGUACGCACUUCCCUCUGCCUUCGUUCCGGCCGGUAAUCUGGAGGAAGAUGAUAAGAGAUGGCACAUACAGUUCACUUCCUUACGAGCUAAAAAGUUGCGGGCAUCUGAUAUUAACGGGUUUUCUGAUCCGUACGUCUCCUUCGUGGGCCCCAACCUCAUCCACGAGUUUCACUCAAGAGUCAAACACCAGACGCUAAAUCCAGUUUGGAAUCCUAUGCAGGAGCUCCCAAUAUUGGUGUUGAAUGUUUUUCCACUCCAAAGACUAGAGAGAGAAUACGUGCUUGUCAGGGUGCUUGAUCGGGAUUACACAUCUUCCGAUGAUACACUAGGUUACGCAGUUAUCUCUUUGGCCAAUGCAGUGCAAGCCUUCAAGAGAGGACCCUUGGAGACUGCCCAUUUCAAGGUUCCUCUAACGCAUCGUGGCUUACCAGCGGGAACAUUAGAAGGGGGUAUGAAGCUGACGUGGGAGCGAAACGUCGUGCGACGAGGAAUGUCUAUCACCAGUUCGUUGAUCGGGAAAACGAUGAGUUUCAAAGAGUCUAUAAAGAAACGAGUGCUCCUUGUGAAGACGUGAAGGUCGACAAAGCAGAUGGCCGUGUCUGCGUUUGUUGGACAUAGCAACAAAUUGCAGAGCAUGAGGAGACCAGGAAUUUUGCGAAAUUGGAACCUUUGGCACCACUUUGUCUCCAACCUGUAUCUUAAAUCCAUGAAAUUCGGAAUUUUCGGAUCUCUGUGUCACAGUUUCGUCUGAUGCUGUGUGAAGUUUGAAAUCCCUGGACAUAUUAAAGAGGGGUACAUUUGUAUGAUAGUUUUGCUGCUACUACUGAUGCCCAUUUAGUUGAGUUUCACUUUGGUGAACAAACCUAGGAUAGAAAAUGGUGAUUCUUCUACUCAUACUCGUCCCUCGAUUUUUCUCGAGUGGAUAUUACAUGCAGAAAGAUAUCUCUGCAAAUCGGGUUGAAACACUUAUGCUGUGGACUCUAUUGGGGAUUUGUGCAGUUGAAGCGCCUGUCCUUUCUGGCAGUGGCAGCUCGAAGAAUGUUCUCCCCGUACACUAUACCUGGUAGUAUCGUUAGCUUUCUCACAUGUAAACUACAGUAGCUCAUUAUAUUGUUGAGAAAACACACUCAUUGUCCUCCAAUCAGGCUGUGAGUAAAUCCUUUAUUUUUCUGGUGUGGAUCAACUAAAGUCCAGGUGC